AUGUCCUACCAUGCCACAGUAAAAGCAGGUGGUGAAUCCGCUGCGCCGCUCGGCAGCGCGGCCGCCGGCCCCGAGCCUCCCGUGUCCCGUUCGAAAGAGCGAACGUCGGGGGAUGGCCGGCCCGGGGCGGUUGAGGGGCGCUCGGGGGCCGGUGCUGGCCCCGGGCCGAGCGCUGACAGCCGCGUCCCGCCCGCAGGGAAGGCGCAGGAGGCUCUGCUGCAGCGCUACCGGGUGGGUUCGCUGCUGGGGCGCGGCGGCUUCGGCAGCGUCUUCUCGGCCACGCGGCUCUCGGACGGCGCCCCGGUGGCCAUCAAAAGGGUGCCGCGGAACCGCAUCCGGCACUGGGACGAGCUGCCCGACGGCACCAGCGCACCCCUGGAGAUCGUGCUGCUGGCCAAGGUGUCCACCGGCUUCCCUGGUGUCGUGCAGCUGCUGGAGUGGCUCGAGCUCCCCAACAACAUCGUGAUGGUGCUGGAGCGGCCAGAGCAAUGUCAGGACCUCCUGCGUUUCAUUCGGGCACGGGGGUUCCUGUGCGAGGAGGUGGCGCGGGAGCUGUUCCGCCAGGUGCUGGAGGCCGUGCGGCACUGCACCAGCUGCGGGGACCUGCACCGCGACAUCAAACCAGAGAACAUCCUGGUUGACCUGGCCAGCGGGCAGGCCAAAUUGAUUGACUUUGGCUGUGGCACCUACCUGCAAGACACAGCCUACACUUACUUUGCAGGAACACUGUCCUACAGUCCCCCGGAAUGGACCCGCUUGGGCUGGUACCACGGCGAGGCAGCAACGAUCUGGACGCUGGGCAUCCUGCUGCACCAGAUGGUCUGCGGGAAGCACCCUUUCAGGAGGGGCCGGAACAUCAGCCGGGGCCAGCUCUCGCUGCCACCACGGCUCUCUCAAGGUGGAUCCUCUUCUCUGCGCACGGGGGGAAUACCCGUGCCGGGAGGCAGCAGCGGGCUCCUGGGCAUCGCGCUCUGGCAGCUGCUGAGGAGGUGGCCCAAGUCCUGCUCUCCUCCAAAGCAAAGAGCUGAUGGGAAAGUUUAGGCCCAGCUCUGAGCGCAUCCAGAAUGGCCUGGGCAUGGGAGUAGUGGGGCAAAGCAGACAGGAGCCUGCUCUAGCUGACCGGCAGUUUGUGGUUUCUCUCGCCAGCAUGCCAAGAUCUGAUCAGGCGGUGUUUAUCCAUGCACUUCUUGGACAGGCCCUCAUUAGAAGACCUGU